AUGGAUCGACUCUUGCGUCUCGGAGCACAUGCUUUACAGGCAAAUGCAACACCGACUGAUUCGAAUCAAGUGGACACUUCAGAGACUGUCUACAUCUCAUCACUGGCCUUGUUGAAAAUGCUCAAACAUGGCAGAGCAGGAGUUCCAAUGGAGGUGAUGGGUCUAAUGCUGGGUGAAUUUGUCGACGACUACACUGGUGUUUCUGUGGAAGCGGUGGAUCCUGUUUUUCAAGCCAAAAUGUUGGAUAUGCUAAAACAAACAGGAAGGCCAGAAAUGGUUGUUGGGUGGUACCACUCACAUCCCGGAUUUGGAUGUUGGCUUUCAGGAGUUGACGUGAACACGCAACAGUCUUUUGAAGCUUUAUCCGACCGCGCCGUAGCUGUUGUUAUUGAUCCAAUUCAAUCAGUCAAGGGAAAGGUUAUAAUCGAUGCUUUUCGAACAAUCAACCCACAAAAUGCGGCUCUCAAUCAAGAGGCUCGUCAAACAACGAGCAACAUCGGGCAUUUGCAGAAACCUAGCAUUCAAGCGCUUAUCCACGGAUUGAAUCGCCACUAUUAUUCCAUUCCAAUUGCUUAUCGACCACAUGAACGAGAGCAGAAGAUGCUCCUCAAUUUGCACAAAAAGUCUUGGAAGGAUGCGAUCAAUGUAGUCAACUAUACGCAGCAUGGCGGACAAAAUGAAGAAGCGAUGAAGAGCAUGCUGAAAUUGGCCAAAGCAUACAAAAAAUCCCUCGAAGAAGAGGAGAAAAUGUCGGAACGUGAGCUUGAGAUCAAGAAUGUCGGAAAAUGGAUCCCAAGCGUCAUUUGGGAGAAUUGG